AUGGAACAUGGAGAUUUUGAGAAGGUAGUUGCCACAUCAUGGGAAGAGUGGAUCUUGGGGAAUCCGAUCUCUGUUCUAAUGCUGAAACUUAAAAGGCUGAAGGGAGUGCUUCGUAAUUGGGGGAGAGAGGCCUUCCCGAACUUCAAUAAAGCCCCUGAGGAAGCCAAGGAGAGGCUAGCGCAGGUGCAACAGACUAUUGAAAUUAAUGGUCUGGAUGAUCAUUUACUCAAAAACUCUAUAAGAAGCCUCAAAAAACCUGAUGGAACUUUGGUGGAAGGUCAAGACCAAAUAGGCAAUUAUACAGUUAAUUCCUUCAAGAAAUUUUACAAAGCUGAGCCUUUAGUGGAGCAUAUGGAGCUUCUUGAUUCCAUCCCUGUGGUUCUCCACCAAGGCGAUCGCUAUGUGCUUGAUGCCUUACCGGGGAAUGAAGAAAUUAAAAGAGCUGUAUGGGACCUGGACCCAGAUAGUUCUCCAGGCCCGGAUGGAUUUUUUGGAGCUUUCUUUAGAAGAUGCUGGAGUACGGUGGAGCUAGAGGUGUGUAAUGCAGUUAAACAUUUCUUUAGUACUAGCCAGUUGCCUAAUGGUGUGAACAAUAAUUUCUUGGUUCUUAUUCCCAAGGAGGAGGGAGCCUCUUCUCUAGAUAAAUUCCGGCCAUUGUGUAUGGGGAAUUUUUAUUGUAAAAUUUUAUCCAAAAUAAUGGCGAUGAGGCUUGAUAAAUUGCUCCCCAGGUUGAUAUCUGAAGAACAUGGAGCCUUCUAG